CAUUUGAAUAAUUGGAUAGGCUACCUUGCUAGGCUGAUCAAUAGGCUACACAGCCAAGAUUCUCAGUGCCGCCUUUGACAAGAAAUCAAACGCAAUUGACAAAAUGGACAAAGUAACUUAGUUUCGUCUUCUUUUGCUCUAAAUGGAUUCUAGUUACAAUGUUUAACUGAACUGGUCGAUCUUUUGAACCGUUUUCUGUUCCACUUCUUCUAGACUGGUGUUUUGGGAUUAUCUUUGCUCUCCAAUAAACUCGCCGAGAUUUUCACAGAGGAUUCGGAAAAUGACAGAACGUUCUAUGGGUUUUCCGACUGUGAAAGUGAUCUAUAGUUCAGACAGUGGCAAUCCAAUGGAUCUCAACGGCAGCCCCAUAAAACAGCCUGUACCCCAUCGCUUCACAUUACGGGUGGUACUGCGCCCCCGUAAACUAGCCACACCAACUCCUCACUCCAGUGAAGAAGAGGAGAGGAAGAUGGAGGCUGAGAAGGGAACAGUCAGAUUUGAAGUUGAAGAGAAGCUGGUGACCGAAGCAACACAGCCUGUUAAACAACCGUCAGGUUCUGAUUCUGAGGCUGAUCUAGCACAGUCUGGAUCUUUUCUGGCCAAGAGGGCCCAGAACAUCAAGGCUAACAAAGCUAUGUUGGCUCAGUUGAUAGCAGACCUGCAUAAGAUGCCAGGAGCUGCCCUGCUGAAGAGUCACAAAGAAGGCAAUCUUAAAAAGGAGAAAGGCUCUCGAGCGCCCCGCUCCAAGGGCGCAGUAGGGAAGUCCAGGACGAGCCCUAACAGAUCCUCCCAGAGACGGACCCGCUCCAUGGGGGGGGCUGAGAGUUUGGAGGCCCCCCAGGAGGAGAGAGCGCUGGAGCUCAGUCUGGAGGAGGAACUAUUGGAGGUACGUGGUGAUCCGAGGCAGAGGCGUGCUCCGCGUCCCAAACAGGCCAAACCUCACAACAUAAGACCUGUGGAGGAGAUCACUGAGGAUGUGCUACUGCUGGUGGCAGACCACACGACAGAGAAGGUGUACAACAGAGCCACAGGCUCAACGUGUCACCAGUGUCGCCAAAAGACUACCGACACCAAAACUUGUUGCCGUAGUGAGGAGUGUCGUGGUAUAGUGGGACAGUUCUGUGGCCCGUGUCUGAGGAACCGAUACGGAGAGGACGUCAGGAAAGCCCUGCUCGACCCGGACUGGCGGUGUCCACCGUGUCGAGGCAUAUGUAACUGCAGUUUCUGCCGUGCCAGAGACGGACGCUGCCCAACUGGAAUCCUGUUCCCUCUGGCUCAGUUCCAAGGCUUCUCUGAUGUCCACUCUUACCUCAGCAGUCUUCACAGUAAACUGACAAAUGAGGACUGAGGAUCUGAAUGGGAGCCUCAAUGUCCUUAUCUGACCACCAGGGGGAGCAGUUGCAAAUCACUGGUCUGGGAAUACAGAAGUUUGGCACCUAUCCAGAUGAGGUUUAUGUUCUAUAGUUCUAACAUGGUUCCUACUGCUGUUUUUGAUAUGAAUGUUGAUGAUUUUAAUCAGAUUUUUUUCAAAUAAAUGAUUUGACGGUG